CCCUCUCCAGUCCUGUGGUCCGAGUCUCUCCUCCUAAUCGAGGAGCCCGCUUUGUUAGGAAGGUAUUCCUAACCACGCGGGCGAUUUGGAAUCUUCCACACCGCUCCGUAGAACACGACUUAAAAAAAUAUGUGCUCUGUCUCUUUAAGAUCCCUUCACUGGUUCGCUUCGUAUUGAUCAAUCCACCAUUUUCCAGCGCACAGCACUCUUCGGCGGCAGCGGCGAGAGAAAGCUCUACCUGGAGACGCCAGGCAGGACCGGGGGCAGCAGUCAUGGCAGCCAACAUGUACCGGGUCGGAGAUUAUGUUUAUUUUGAAAACUCCUCCAGUAACCCACUGCUGAUCAGGCGGAUAGAGGAACUUAACAAGACAGCAAAUGGGAACGUGGAGGCCAAAGUGGUGUGUUUCUACCGACGUAGAGAUAUCUCCACAACGCUCAUCACCCUCGCCGACAAACAUGCACGAGAAUUGGAAGAGGAGAUGGAGAAUCCUGAAAUGGUGGAUCUCCCAGAGAAACAGAAGCAUCAGCUCAGACACAGAGAGCUUUUUCUCUCCAGACAGCUCGAGUCUCUUCCCGCCACACACAUCAGGGGGAAAUGCUGUGUUACACUUCUGAAUGAGACAGAAGCCCUGACGUCCUAUUUAGAUAGAGAGGAUGCCUUUUUCUACUCUCUGGUGUAUGACCCUCAGCAGAAAACUCUGCUGGCUGAUAAGGGAGAGAUCAGAGUGGGUAAUAAGUACCAGGCUGACAUCACUGACUUCCUCAUAGAGGGAGAAAAUGAUGGCCGGGAGCUUGAAAAAAUGGAGGAGAGGGUGUGGGAUCCCUGCAACCCCCUCACAGAGAAACAGAUCGACCAGUUCCUCGUUGUCGCUCGGUCUGUGGGUACGUUUGCGCGGGCUCUAGACUGCAGCAGUUCAGUUCGGCAGCCCAGUCUGCACAUGAGCGCCGCGGCAGCCUCCAGAGACAUCACACUGUUUCAUGCCAUGGACACAUUGGAUAAGAACGGUUACGACAUGACACGAGCCAUCAGCGCACUGGUGCCCCAAGGAGGACCGGUGCUCUGCCGAGAUGAAAUGGAGGAAUGGAGCGCAUCUGAAGCCAACCUGUUUGAGGAAGCGCUCGAGAAAUACGGCAAAGACUUCACUGACAUUCAGCAAGACUUUCUUCCUUGGAAGUCUCUGACAAGCAUCAUUGAGUAUUAUUACAUGUGGAAGACCACAGACAGAUACGUUCAGCAGAAACGGUUAAAAGCAGCCGAGGCUGAGAGCAAGUUAAAGCAGGUUUACAUCCCCAACUACAACAAACCCAACCCUAACCAGCUGAGUGUCAAUAGUGUAGUGAAGCCCGGGCUGGUAAACGGAGCAGGGGUGGUGCCGGGGGUGCCGGGAGUGCCGGGAGUGCCUGGGCAGCCUGUCGUGCUGGGCCGAGCGUGCGAGAGCUGUUACACCACCAGUUCAUAUCAGUGGUACUCAUGGGGGCCGCUCAACAUGCAGUGCAGACUGUGUGCCUCCUGCUGGACCUACUGGAAAAAGUAUGGAGGCCUGAAGUUGCCAACCAGGCUGGAUGGAGAGAGGCCCGGGCCCAACCGCAGCAACAUGAGUCCUCACGGUCUGCCGGUGAGUCACAGUGGAAGCCCAAAGGUUGCUGUUAAGACCAGACAGGCGUUCUUCCUGCACACAUCUCAGCUGACCAAAGCAGCUCGACGUGUCUGCCAGGACCUAUUGCGAUCCAAAUUCUUGGCCAGACACCCCUAUAUACCUGUCAACACCGCUAUUAUCAAAGCAGAAUGUGCUGUGCGGUUGCCAGAUGUGUCCAAAAAGCUUGCACCUCUAAAGCAGACCGUAAGGAAGCCUUUGGAGUCAGUGGUUCGAUAUAUGGAGGCCCACCCCCGCCCACCCAGACCGGAUCCUCCGCGAGGAGCCAAAAUUUCCACUGCUAGCCUGACGCCCAUCAAAUCGAUGCCCAUCCUCAACAACGGCUCUCCAACCAUCCUGGGCAAGCGCACCUAUGAGCAGCACAAUGGAUUGGAUGGGCCCAAACCCAAAAUCCUGGCUCCUCAGUGGGAAAUAAUGACCAAGAGGGUGUCUGAACAAGGCCGAAUUCCCUCUGGACUGCAGGAUGAGGUUCAUGAAUUGGACUGAUCUCUGCACUGACGACUGACUGCUAUACUCAGACAAGGAGAGCAGGUGACUUGAGAGAUUUUCUUUUCAGCUCUCAGUACCAGAUGGACCUCAGAAAAGACCUGCGGUCAGCAUGCCCUGUCCAAGCGGCCCAUUUUUAUAGCUGAAGCCAUUAAAAAGACUACAAAGCCCUGACAACUCCAUGGGUUACAAGAGCCUGCGGCCAAUAGCAGGACUGACCUGAUUGUAUAGGACUGAUUAUUAUUUACUAUCAGCUGUUACUUCUGUCAUUGUAAUUAUUAUUACAAUUAUUAUUACUGUCUUUUUUUUUUAUCAAGUAUAACCAUUUUAUUUUUAAUGACUUGUGGAUGAUAAAAUUUAAGUAUCUUGAACGUUUCUUGAAACAGCUUGCUCCCAAACCAUAAUGUAAAGGUGGGACGAACUGUCUUUUUUGUCUCUUGCAUUGUUUUCAUCAUGUCAGAUCCACACGAACAUGAAGGACUAAAUAUGACUUCUGUUUCUCUUCGUUUGGAUGCUUGUAUUCUCCGGUUCUGUUAGCCUGUCCUGCCACAGCAGAGGUUUAAAUUAUUCAGAAAGACAAUUUGAACUUUCUUUUUCUACCUUUUACAUGAGUAUUGCAACUAUGCUUCUAUAUGUAAUUUCUCUUUUGUGAAUAUGUAAAUCAAAUCAGGAGGGAGGUGUUAUUGUACAGUGGUGUAUUUUGGGCCUCUGGUGGUUAUCAAAGCUUGUUGUAAUGGAUUUGCCAUGCACAGCAUCUUCUUUGAAAAUGUCUUUUUGUAAGGAAACAUCUCUAGCUCUUCUCUCCUGCAUAAAUAGAGAGUUGUCUAGAGAUACUGGGAUCUCUGAUAAGGUACUACCCCAUUAAUACAAUGAUGCACCUUCUUAAGAAUAA